AUGGUCUCCCAAGUCACACCAGGGCUGUUGCAGCCCAACGUCCUUGUCGAAAUCGAUCACGGGCCUCCCAUGGAGCUGUACCGAGACUCUCGCCAGGCUGUCAUCAGACAGCCACAGCCCGAGAUGGUAGGGUCGCGUCGUCGCUGCCUCGCCUCGCUCGAGCCAACUGGCUACGAUGCUUGCCCCGAGACCGGUUCUGAUCAGAGCGGUACCGCUUUGUCCAAGCUGGCAAGCUCUGACAAGCCAACGUACUUUCUGGAAAGCGGAUGUGCAGAGCAUCCUCAGGAGUCCCUCCCUGAGCGCCGAAUCCCUUCGUCUGGCCACCCAGAUCUCGCAUCGCUGGUGCAGGACGAGCUCGCGGAAGGCCUUGCCUUUGCAACGCGCCAUCCGGUGAACGCAAGAAUUGGAGAUCAACGCGGGCUUUCGGCUUGCUGCUGCCCUACGGGCAAAGACGCAUGCGAUCGCAAGACCAUGUGGGAAGGCAGCCAGUGCCAGACCUCGUUCGACGGUCUUCACCCAGUCAUGACGGCACCGUCAGACGGUGCCAGCACUGACACCGACUUUUUCCUCAACAAGGGGCAAGAAAUCAGAAUUGAGGAACGAGCUCUCUCGCACGGAUAUCCGAUAUCUCUGCCUGUCCCUUCGGGACUUCGCAACGUUCUUCGUGUCGAGCACGCUUCGGAGACCCAAUCUUCCGAGAUCAUCCAAGACUUUGGUACCAAAAUGGUCUCCCAAUGGCGCCAUAUUCUCGAAAAGCGCGAUAGCUCCUUCGGGGCACGCACCUAUUCCCCCCCAGAAUACGACUUUUCGGCGACGAGCAUCACUACUGCGCAUUCAAUUGAAUCUCGGGCUAAGUGUCGACAAGACACACAUGGCUUCGAAUUUCCAACAUUCAUGUCCGAGGCAACCCAUUCUCACACGGGAGUGAGUGACCCCAUAGGUUUCCCAAAGGAAACAUUCAUGUGGAUGAUUGGAUACAACUUGAUGACCUUGCAAUGCGAGAAGCAAGCGGUUCUUCACUUACGAAACGGGUCAAGCGAGCUCUUCCUCAAUAUGGUAGCAGCCGCAGUCUCUUGCCUCGAUAUUCUCUUGCCUAUGGCUGAGAGAGUCGCAAGAGACAAGCAGUGUACUGAACAAGUCCACUGCCUCCUGGAAGACCCGGGUUAA